CCCGGGGCGGGGAGACACGAACGCGACUGCCUCGGGACCCGGAUCCCAGGACCCCACCGGGCCGGCCGGCCCACCCCGCCCGGCUCCUGCUGCCGCCGCCGCCCGGAACCAGAAGAUGUGCUCCAGAAUCCCCCUGCGCCUGCUGCUGCCGCUGCUGCUGCUACUGCUGCUGGCCCCCGAGCCUGGGGUGCGGGGCUGCCCAUCUGGCUGCCAGUGCAACCAGCCACAGACGGUCUUUUGCACCGCCCGGCAGGGAACCACUGUGCCCCGCGACGUGCCACCCGACACAGCGGGCCUGUACGUCUUCGAGAACGGCAUCACCACGCUCGACGCAGGCAGCUUUGCCAGCCUGCCGGGGCUGCAGCUCCUGGACCUGUCGCAGAACCAGAUCGCCAGCCUGCCCAGCGGGGUCUUUCAGCCGCUCGCCAACCUCAGCAACCUGGACCUGACGGCCAACAGGCUUCGCGAGAUCACCAACGAGACCUUCCAUGGUCUGCGGCGCCUGGAGCGCCUCUACCUGGGCAAGAACCGCAUCCGCCACAUCCAGCCCGGGGCCUUUGACACGCUCGAUGGCCUCCUGGAGCUCAAGCUGCAGGACAACGACCUGCGGGCCCUGCCCCCGUUGCACCUGCCGCGCCUGCUGCUGCUUGACCUCAGUCACAACAGCCUCCCGGCGCUGGAGCCUGGCACCCUGGACACGGCCAACGUGGAGGCGCUGCGGCUGGCCGGCCUGGGGCUGCGGCGGCUGGACGAGGGUCUCUUCAGCCGCUUGCGCAACCUCCAUGACCUGGAUGUGUCUGACAACCAGCUGGAGCGCGUGCCACCCGCCAUCCGGGGCCUUCGGGGCCUGACCCGCCUGCGGCUGGCGGGCAACACCCGCAUCGCCCAGCUGCGGCCCGAGGGCCUGGCCGGCCUGGUGGCCCUGCAGGAGCUGGACCUGAGCAACCUGAGCCUGCAGGCCCUCCCCCACGAGCUGUCGGGCCUCUUCCCCCGCCUGCGGCUCCUGACAGCCGCCCGCAACCCCUUCAACUGCGUCUGCCCCCUAAGCUGGUUUGGGCCUUGGCUACGGGACAGCCACGUGGCACUGGCCAGUCCGGAGGAGACGCGCUGCCACUUCCCGCCCAAGAAUGCCGGCCGACUGCUCCUAGACCUCGAGUAUGCAGACUUUGGCUGCCCGGCCACCACCACCACAGCCACAGCGCCCACCACAAAGCCCGCGGUGUGGGGGCCCACGUUCUCCCCUUCCAGUCCGGCCCCCACCUGGCUCAGCCCAACGGAGCUGGUCACCGAGGCCCCCAGCCUGCCCCCUGCAGCCCCGCCCACAGUGCGGCCUCCACCCCGGCCCCAGGACUGCCCGGCCUCCAUUUGUCUCAAUGGUGGCACCUGCCACCUGGGGGUGCAGGGGCACCUGGAGUGCCUGUGCCCUGAGCUCUUUGUGGGCCUGUACUGCGAGAGCCGCGUGCGGCAAGGGCUUCCGGCCAGCCCGGCCCCGGCUACCCUGCAGCCGCCGCAGCCCCCGGCCCUGGGCAUCGAGCCAGCCAGCCCCACUUCCCUGCGCGUGGGGCUGCGGCGCUACCUGCAGGGCGGUGCCCUGCAGCUCAGAAGCCUCCGCCUCACCUACCGCAACCUGUCCGGCCCCGACAAGCGGCCAGUGACGCUCCGCCUGCCCGCUUCCCUUGCCGAGUACACGGUCACCCAGCUGCGGCCCAACGCCACCUACUCCAUCUGCGUCAGGCCUCUGGGCGUCGGGCGAGUGCCCGAGGGCGAAGAGGCCUGUGGGGAGGCCCGCACACCCCCCGCCAGCCGCUCCAACCACGCGCCUGUCACCCAGGCCCGAGAGGGCAACCUGCCGCUCCUCAUCGCGCCCGCCCUGGCUGCCGUGCUCCUGGCCGCGCUGGCGGCUGUGGGGGCGGCCUACUGCGUGAGGCGGGGGCGGGCGGCGGCGGCUGCGCACGGCAAAGCACAGCUGGGGCCCGGCGCUGGGCCCCUGGAGCUGGAGGGCGUGAAGGCCCCCUUGGAGCCUGGCCCCAAGGCGACUGAGGUCGGUGGGGAGGCCCCACCCAGCGGGCCCGAGUGUGAGGUGCCACUCAUGGGCUACGCCGGGCCCAGCCCCCAGGGGCCCCUCCCCGCCAAGCCCUACAUCUAAGCCCGGGAGCAACCAAGCUGCGAGGCCGGGCUCUCAGCCCCGCUGGGACCCGCCGGCGCCCUCCUGCGGCCAGACCGAGGAAGUUCUCAGAUCCCUACCGGGGGACACAGCAGGGUGGGCACUGUGUGACCACAGCAAGACCCGGCCCCUCCGUCUCCUCAUCCAUGAGAUCCUGGGACCCAGGUGACCACCUCGAAGGUGCCCCCAGCCUGCGUGCCUACGAGGAGGGCGUCUGCCCUGUCCUCUGCAACGUACAACCCCUGGGGAAAGGUGGGGCGUGCCCUGCCGUGUGCUGGUAACACAGGCCCAGGGCUGCCAGGGCCCCCCUCCCAGGGAGACUCUGGGGGCCAGUGAAGGAAGCCCCCAGAAAGACAGCAGAGGAAGAGUGGGGCUGGGGAUGGGGCGUAGGGUCAGCCUCAGCCCCAAGGAGCAAAGGAACAAAAGAAACUGGAAGGAGAGACACUUUAGGAACAUGUUUUGCUUUGAUUUUUAAAAAUAUAUUUAUGAGAUUCUUUCCCAUUUAUUCUGGGAAAAUGUUUUUCAAACUCAGAGACAAGGACUUUGGUUUUUGUAAGACAAACAAUGAUAUGAAGGCCUUUUGUACGAAAAAUAAAAGAUAAAGUGAG